AUGGAGAAAGAAGACGCUAUAACUGAUGAUGGUAUUGUUCCGGCGUCAUCAAGGGAGAACCCUAAGCAUGAUCAGAAGAAUAUGGAUUCUGGGAGUUGCCAGCCGAUUCCAGUUGCAGAAAACAUCUUUAAAUGUGGUUGGAAUAUAAAUGAAGAAGGGAACAUAUCCCACUAUAGACGUGGGAUGAGAGAUCGUGAAGAAAAGUUACAGGGACUUGUGGGUGGGUUUAAAAGUGGUAAAGGUAAAAUUUUGAAAAUUAGUGAAAAAAUGGAGCCCCGAGCUAUGUGCGGAAUUAAAUGUCAAGGUAAUGGCUUGGUGAAAUAUAAAUGGCCUUCAUGGGUUAGUGAGAUUUUAGGAUUUCAGCUUGACCAGCUACUGACCUGGGAUGACCUCACCCGUCUCCUUUACCGACCAUGUGACCCAGCUUCUCUUGCUGCAACGAGAAUCAUGUUUGGAAUUCUAAUGCUCUUGGAUUUACCACAAGAGAGAGGAAUGGGAAUUGCUGAUCAGUUAUGGGGAGAUCCAAAGCUCUGUCAUUUUCCACUAUUUAAUUGGGUCAAACCUUUACCACUGCGUUGGAUGUUGCUCCUCUACGGUGUCAUGGUUGCUUGCACACUUCUGAUGAUUUUGGGAUGGAAAUGGCGUCUUAGCUGUGGAGUUUUUGUAACAUCCUACUGGUACCUUUUCCUCCUGGACAAGGGCACCUGGAACAACCAUUCCUAUCUCUAUGGAUUGAUAUCAACAAUGAUGCUCUUCUCUGAUCCACACAGAUGUUGGUCUCUAGAUUCCAUCACAACUCCUGCACUCAAAAAUAGUCAUGUACCCUUGUGGAGCUACACAUUGCUUCGUUUUCAAGUGUUCCUGUUGUACUUCUUUGCUGGCUUGAAAAAGCUAGAUCCUGAUUGGCUGUAUGGCUUUUCGAUGCAACAUUUGUCUGAGCACUGGGUGUUCCUUCCUUUCAGGCUGAUACUAAGCAAUGACAGCAUCGACUAUUUUAUAAUCCAUCUCGGAGGAUUCGCCCUGGAUCUCACCAUUGGAGUCUUCCUCUUUUUAGAUCAGACAAGGAAAGUGGCUCUUGUCUUUGGAAUGGCAUUUCAUUUAAUGAAUUCACAGAUAUUUACAAUAGGAAUGUUUCCUUGGGUAUGCAUGGCAACCAUGCCCAUCUUCUGCCAAAUGUCUUGGCCCAGAACUGUAAUUUCAUCAGCUAAGAAAGUGUUCUCAGCAUUUUAUUGCUACUCCAAAUGGUUGCUUGACAAGAGCAGACUAAAAAUUAUAUUUAGUCUACAUGCCAAGGGAUCUGUGCAUCAGAGGAAGGCCAGGAGAACAGAUAAUACAGAUUUGAGCUCCGGGAAAGAAGACAGCAAAGCAUCGAAGUCUAGUACAGAGACCAAAAAUGACUGUAACAAGAAAGUUCUACUGUUUUUACAGAGGAACCCAAACUGCUUUUAUGAAGAAAGCUCGACAGUCUAUGGGAAGCAAAAACUGACGACAUUGGUGGUCCACUACAUCAUCCUGCAACUUUUCCUACCGUUCUCUCACUUCAUCACAAAGGGAUAUAACACUUGGACUGAGGGCCCAUAUGGCUACAGUUGGGAUAUGAUGGUUCAUUCCUGGGAUACCUUACACAUCAAGAUUACAGCUGUAAAUAAGGAAACACAACAAAAGACUUACGUGGAUCCUCAUGUCUGGGUGAAAAAUAAUCGAUGGGCCAGUCAUGUAGACAUGGCAGUACAACUUGGUCAAUGCCUUGAAGAUAAGCUAACUAAAUUUGGUAUGUCUAACUUUUCUUUGCACUUUGAUGUGUGGAGAUCUUUGAACAAAAGAUUUCAACAGAGAGUUUAUGACCCCAAUAUAGAUGUUCUAGAAGCACCAUGGUCACCUUGGCAGGAGACACAGUGGGUGCUACCUAUUCUAUCUGAACUCAGUCCAUGGAGGAGCCACCUACACAAAAUGCAGAAGUUGUAUGAAGAAAUUUCAUUGGCUGCUGAUACUAUAUUCAUUGCAGAUUUUCCAGGUAUGACUCUUGAAAACUACCUUAGUAAGGAAUUAAAAAAUACAACUAUUGAAGUUCUGCAGGGACAAGUAACAGUGUUUUUGGAAAUUUCACAACAGACAUGUAUAUCGAUACAUCAAGAAUUGAUGUCCAAGGAUCCACAGAUGAGCCUCAACAUAAUAAGCUCCAUGAAGAAUAUCAAAAGAGAGGACACCAUUGAUAGUGUUAAAAAAGCCACAGAGAUCAGUAAGACCAACCACAAAACACUUGCACAUGAAAAGCUAAAUGAAGGUUGUGAAGUUACUUUGAGACAAGGACAGAAGAUUUCCCUUCCAUCUGAGUCUUUGCACCAAGUUAAGACCACCUCUGAUAAGCCUGCUAUUUUUAUGUACACCUUCAUUAAUGAAACUCUCGAGAGGAGAAUCACAGGCAUGAAAAGAAAUUCUGAUUCCUCAACAGCAAAAGAAAAUAUUCGCAGCAUAGAUGAAAGCAAUUUUAGUACAAGUGGUGGUGAAGGGAUUUCAAAGUCAUGUCAAAGACACAGACAUUGGUUUUCAAAUCCGACGUUGAUUUUCAAUAAACAAAAGGCUACCAAAUGGGAAAACAAAGAAACUGCACAAGACAAUGACACAGCCUCUGAUAAGCAAACAGUAUCUCAUGAGUUUAUAACAGAUAUUCCAACAUGGAAGGACUUAAUGAACUUCUUUGUAUGGAAGGGCAAAAUCUUCACAAGAAGUGGAAGGCUUUUAGCAAAAGCUUUAAAAUCUGUUUUGACAGGAGAAUCCAUGAAUACUGUUUAAGCUUUUUCUUAUCCUACAGUUUAACUGAAAUAAUUUUUCAGAGGUUUUAGUAUCUCUAUAUAUCAAUACCUGUAAAUCACUCGAGUAGAAUCUGGAAUUAAUUAAUUUAUUAAAAUAUUCAUGCACUGGCCAAACUACUUUAUAACAGAAUAACUAGACUUGAUUACAAAUGCAGAAUAUAGUUCUAUCAGCUUGUUGUAACACCGUAAGCUGAAAAUAUUCAAACUUGAGUCACCAGGCACCCUCUUCAGAGUUCAGCCCACUUAAGUUUUAAAAGACUAUUCAAAAUCACCUUCUAAAAGAACUUGAAUUACUAACAAUAUUUACUUUGUUUGCGUGAGGCGUAUGUUAUCAUGUUGUUAAGUUAUGACAGAGUAAGGAGAUGAGAGAGAGAGAGAGAGAGAGAGAGAGGGAGGGAAGUAAAAGAGACAAGAAGAGAAAAUGUGUGUGAGAGUAAAAUAAAAUACUGUUUUAAUGACCUUUUCUUAGCCUGGCAAGUAAUGUCACUGUAUUGAAAUUUGAUUAUUGUAAUGAUUUACAGUGUUUUACAGGUGUCGGACAGCAAAAUUGAAGAGAGGAUGUGGUAAUUAAGGUAAAGGCUAAAAAUACCACAUUUUCUAAUCAAUUUGUGUUUUUCAUAGCUAACAAUCCUUUGGUCUUACCAUUCAAGGUGCACUGAAAGCACUACUCAUACAAGGGUGCUUCGUUUUUGCCUUGUAGAUUCUGUAAGUUUUAAUGACAAUCUGCUUGCAUAAUUCAUGACUCGGUAAAACUGUGCAAUAUGAUUUUUAAGCAAGAUCCUCCGAAAAAGGUAUUGUUGGUCAUAGAAAGCUUUCAUCAUAACUGUUAUUACUGAUAUCAUUAUAGUUAUAAGUAAGUUUGUAAUUAUGUAGAAAGACAUUUCUGUGUUAAGUCACAAAAAACUUUCCUGAACAUUAUAUUAAUUUAUUAUUAAAAGUUCAAAACCAGUUAUUGCCAUCAUAAUGUUAUGAUUUCCUGUCAUAUACCAUAGUAGGAACAUUAAAUAAAAUAAACAAGUCAUUCGAUCCUUUAUUCAGCUUAAGUAAAUUUUUUUACAUGAAAAAUAUUCAUUUCCCAUUCACUUCAGCAUCAUUAAGGAUUUUGAAAUGUAUGUAUGUAUGUAGAUUAACAUUAUAAUAUUAUGGAUAAUUUAUAUGAAAGUCAUCAAUUACCUAUAAAUAAACAAAUACUUAGCCUUUAAUUACUGCAAUGGGUCGUAGUUUAAUACAUUUUUUACUAAUCCCUGCAGCGUGACAGGUAUCCACUACAUCCGUAACAUUCUUGUAAGAUUCAGGUGCCUCUUCCAUGACUAAUUUAGGAGAUGCUACUCUGAUACUAAUGCCCAUUUCUUGUAACUUGUUAAGCACAUCUGUAUAGUCAAGAUUCCUGCGAGAUUUUGCCCUGGAAAGAGCUCGUCCCUGUUCAGAGAAGAGAUUUAGUAAAAAUUAUUCAGAAGGGAAUUUGUUGAAGUCAUUACAGUGGCCUUCUCAUAUUCACAUGGGUUAGGUACCACACCCAGCUGCAAUUGUGUAUUUUAAUAAUAGCUGGAACACCAAAAGCUCACCUAAUAAAACUUAUAACUGCCUA